CCAUAUGUCAAAUUCCAGCUCAAAAAACUGGGUGUGAUGCCACCAGAGCAGCCUCUGCCAGUGAAGUGCAACAGGAUCUACCAGAUCAUGUGGGCCAACAACGGCGAUGCCAUCAGCCGGCAGUACGCGGGCACGGCAGCCCUGAAGGGUGACUUCACAAGGACUGGUGAAAGGAAGCUGGCAGGGGUGAUGAAGGAUGGAGUGAACUCUGCAAACAGAUACUACCUGAAUCGUUUCAGGGAUGCUUACAGGCAAGCAGUCAUAGAUUUGAUGCAGGGCAUCCCUGUGACAGAGGACCUGUACUCUAUAUUUACAAAAGAGAAGGAGCACGAAGCCCUGCACAAGGAGAACUUGAGGAGCCACCAGGAAUUGAUCAGCCAGCUGCUGCAGAGCUACAUGAAACUGCUCUUGCCAGAUGAUGAAAAAUUCCAUGGAGGUUGGGCACUCAUUGACUGUGACCCAAGUCUCAUCGAUGCCACUCAUAAGGAUGUGGAUGUGCUGCUUUUACUUUCAAACUCUGCCUAUUAUGUGGCCUAUUACGAUGAUGAAAUCGACAAAGUGAAUCAGUACCAAAGGUUAAGUCUUGAAGCUCUGGAAAAAAUAGAAAUAGGGCCUGAGCCUACUCUCUUUGGCAAACCCAAGUUCUCUUGCAUGAGGCUGCAUUACAAAUACAAAGAAAUGAGUGGAUAUUUUCACACUCUCAGGGCUGUGGCUCGCAGCCCAGAAGAAGAUGGAAAAGACACUCUUCAGUGCAUUGCAGAAAUGCUGAGAAUCACAAAGCAAGCAAUGGGAAUGGAUGUGCCCAUUAUUGAGAAGAAGCUGGAGAGGAGGAGCAGCAAACCUCAUGAGGAUAUCAUUGGCAUUCGGUCUCAGAACAGAGGGUCCCUGGCCCAAGGCAAGAAUUAUUUACUGAGCAAGUUCUCCUCCCUCAAUCAAAAGGUGAAACAAACCAAAUCCAAUGUAAACAUCAGCAACCUUCGGAAGCUGGGCAGCUUUGCCAAACCUGAAGUGAAAGUCAAUUUCUUAAAGCCAAAUUUGAAAGUGAAUCUUUGGAAGUCGGACAGCAGCCUCGAAACCCUGGAGAACCCAGGGGUGGAUCCGAAAGCCCCCAGCGAAUCCGACACAGAAGCCUCAGACAACGACUCCUUCCACUCGGAUGACUUCCUCAGCAACUCCAAGUCGGACGAGGAGGCGCAGCUGGGGGGGUCCCUGGAGAACAUGGCCCCCACGGACUACGUGCUGCCCAGCUGCGGCAUCAUCGCCUCGGCUCCGCGCCUGGGCAGCCGCUCGCAGUCCCUGAGCAGCGCCGACGCCAGCCUCGGCCUUGCCGUGCCGGCCGAGGGCCAGGCCGCCGCCCUGCCUGCCGCUGACAGCGCGGAGCUGGGGCUGGCCAAGCCCGUGGAUGUGUACUGCCAGAGGUUCGUGCAGGACGCCCAGAGCAAGGGCUGCCAUGUGCUGGAGCUCUCUGAGGCCGGUCCUCAGGAGCCCCACCACGCGCCGACCCAAACCGGCGGGAGCGCUGCCAAGAAGGCAGAAGCCAAAGCUGAAGCUGUUGCAGACGCUCCUUCCAGGCCAUCGAAGCUGGAUGUUCGCUCUUCUGAGCCAAACCCUCAGCUCCUGGCUGUGGGUGGGCCUGACUGCAGCAAAUGGCACAGGAGCCCGGGCUCUGUGUCCGGGGGCCACGAGGCAGGACUCCACGGCACUCCUUCCCCCGCCGACGGCAGCAGGGCCGUGUCUCCCUUCGCUAAAAUCCGCAGCUCCAUGGUCCAGGUUGCCAACAUCACCCAGGCAGGAUUGACUCAAGGGAUUAAUUUUGCUGUGGCAAAGGUCCAAAAGAGCCCUGCGGAACCAGAAGCUUUAAAUGAAAUCAAACAAAAAGAACUGAGAGAAAUGUUUACGCAAUGCCAGACGAGAAUAAUUCAGAUCUAGUUGCUCAUUUGGGAAGUGUUCUUCUAGCUGUGGCUUCUAAUAAAAUAACCCAAUGACAUCAGGACUAUUGUGGCAUGAACUGCUACUGGAUACUGGGAUUGAUAAUAGGUAAUUUGUUUACAAGCAGUGAGAGAUGCAAAUGAAUUUGGUUCUGACCAAGCUUCAGAAUUCCCUCAGGCAGGUGAGACAGAGCCUGUAUAAACCAUAUUUAAACAGGUAGCUUAGACACUGGGAUUCAAUAAGCAUGCUGUCUAUCUUAGAUGUGUUGCACAGUUAUUUUUUUGAAACUAAUUUUGUAGCUCUUCUGAAUUAUGUAGAAAGUAUUUAUACUCAAAAGGAUGAUACUGCACUUCUCUGACCUUACUUACCUUGCACUACACCAGCAAAAUAAAGUACCGGUAAAUUACAUUUUAUUUAUUUUUGGACUAGUAUUUUUACUUGUUUUCAAUGAAGUUCUAGAUGCAGCUCUCUGAAUUGUGCCUCUACAAUGGGAACCGAUGUGUUUUUGUUGAAUUUAAGUAUGUUAACCAGAAAGUAAGAUUUCUUUGCUAUCCUUUUCUUUCCAGACAUCCUGGGACACUUUCAUUAUAGAUGAAUCUUAGAGACCCAAUCUGAAAUACCCACAAUCCUGCAGUGCAAAUUUCUUCUGUAAUUGGUUUUUUUCCUCACUUGUUUUGACGUGGGGGAAAUGAAGCAAAUGUCUUUGAAUUGUCUUGCCCAUGUUAAAGCAGUUGAUUUUUUUAAAUUCCAAACUCUGCCCCUUUGCUCUAAUUUUUUGUCUCUGUAAAGCAGGAUGAGCCAGAUACCUGCCCAUCAGGCACUGUGUCCCUCUGUGCUAGGAUUCUCUCUAAGUAUGAAAAACGAUGCAAAAUCCCAAUUAACAUCUGAAGCAGAAGGCCAGUGCACUGCUUUGUAAGAUCAGGGUUGCAUUAGAGCAUAGCUGUCAGCAUCUGUUCAAGACCAAAUUCCUGACCAGCUCCAGCUUUGCACCUCACAGGGUGGAGCAUCUGCUCCUGCUGGGAACUGGAUAAAAAAACCCCUUUGCUCUGUGUGUCCAAGGAUUCCACCUAUUAAAUCCUCCUUCCCAGGAAUGCCUUGCCAUGCCAUUCCAGUCUAGGACCUUGUCCAGAAGCUGCUGUGAAGCAGGACCUUCCUGUGCUGUGGUUUGUGACUGUAAGCACCCUGACAGACCCAGUGCCUCUGUCCCUGUCCCUGUACUGUAGAUAGGCUGCACGUGGUGUCCCCACAACGUCGUGUCCUGGCCUAGGGUAGCUCUGUGUCUUAGGACUUGUACUGUGUCUGAAAUCAUUUAUCACCUGAAACUUUGAUAAACAAAUUUGGUUUAUUUAUUUUAUUAAAGUGAUGUGGGUUUGGGUUUUUGUUCUUUUUUUGAGUGUCUAUACUUGUGGCUAUAUUUAAAAUUAAACUACUGCUGUAUUUUAAUGUGAGCAAUAUACAUGAGAUAUUUUAAUAAAAAAAGUGGAAUCAAAA